AUGCCAGCGCUGUGGUUCGGCUAUUCUGAAUUGUGGCGUUUCCGGAUCUACGCUUUGAUUGAUGCAGAAUUUUGGCCAUCAUCGGGAGUAGAUUCGAAAAUGACACCUUUCAUCCAGGUCAGUGUGUUCUGGGAUCUUGAUAUCACCGCAGCAUUCGGCUCCAUAUGGGAAGGAAAGUGGCGUGAUUUCUUGUGCCCUAAGCCCACGACGGUCCCACUGCUGUAUCUUGUGCCGGGUCUUGGACCUACAUCGCGUGUGAACCUACAGCAAAUCCUGGACCUACAUCUCGGUUUAUAG